AUGCUGAGCUCUGCAUAUUUUUCUCCAAAGGCAAAAAUGUCCAAACCCACAGAGACUGAGCGAUGCAUCGAAUCCCUGAUUGCUGUUUUCCAAAAGUACAGUGGAAAGGAUGGGAACAGCUGCCAACUCUCCAAAACUGAGUUCCUCUCCUUCAUGAACACAGAGCUAGCCGCUUUCACGAAGAACCAAAAGGAUCCUGGUGUCUUGGAUCGGAUGAUGAAGAAGCUGGACCUCAACAGCGAUGGGCAACUAGAUUUCCAAGAGUUUCUCAACCUUAUUGGUGGCUUAGCUGUAGCAUGCCAUGAGUCCUUCCUCAUGGCUUCCCAGAAGCGUGUCUAACCCUCCCAUUUCCCUUCCAGCUAUCAACCCAUCACAUCCUCUCCCAUCCACACCUGCACUGAGCCCACCACACCUACUAUAACAUGCAGCCCAUUUCUGCUAGCAGAAAUAAAACAAUGUCUUUUUUUUUAAAUGUA